GAUCAUCCCCUCACCAUAGAGCUCUUACAGAGAACUGAACACUGCACAAGGGACCCAGGGGAAGGGCUGGGAAAAUGCCCUUGUAUACCAACAGGAUGUCAUGGUAGGUUACACUUGGGGCACAGAUGGAGAGAGAGAGAAGAGCUGCAUAGGAAGAAGAUGGACCUCAGAGGACCGCAAAGAUAAAACUGCAGUUUUGAAUGACUUCACCUGGCUCACAGAACAGACGGACACAUAUUCCUUGUGUGUUGUGGCAGCAGCAGCAGAGACAGAAGGAGCUGGUCAGUGAGGAAUCAGUGCCAAUGGCCCUAUUUAUCUGGAAGUGUACCGUCUGGACACCUGCUGUGACCAUGGCUUUGUAGUCCUCGUGUGACCUUGUUGUUACAGAUGCAGUCACCUGCCACUCACCAGAGACUGAUGCCAGAAAGUUUCCGCAGCUAUUUCUGCCCGCACUCCGGAGACACUUGAGGAAUGGCUCAGACUCUGUGACUGGAUGUAAGCUCAGUGGAAUUUACUGUACUGCUGGGGACCAUGCAGAUAACAGGAGGAAUCCAGCCUCAUCUUCAGCCGGGGGGACUGUAGUUUUGUUUUGAAAGUGUUUCUCUUUUUUUAUUUGUUCAACCAUCAGUCGAGUGAGCACAUCAUGGCCAACAUGGCGGUUCAACUCCUUGGCUUCUUCUUGGGUCUGCUGGGGUUUGUGGGAACUGUAGUUGCAACUCUGCUCCCCCACUGGCGCAGCACAGCCUACGUGGGCUCCAACAUCAUCACAGCCACUUCCUACAUGAAAGGCCUGUGGAUGGAGUGCGUGUGGCACAGUACUGGCAUUUACCAGUGCGAGGUGUACAGAUCUCUACUGGCGCUGCCACGUGACCUGCAGGCUGCCCGGGCGCUCAUGAUGCUCUCCUGCGUCACCUCAGUCCUGGCAUCUCUGGUGUCUGUAAUGGGGAUGAAGUGCACCCGCUUUGCUCGUGGCUCCUUAAUCAAGUCUCCUCUGGUGCUAAGUGGAGGGAUCUGUUUCCUCUGUGCUGGCCUACUCUGCCUGGUCACCGUGUCCUGGACCACCAAUGAUGUUAUCAUGGAUUUCUACGAUCCCUUCCUGCCCAGCGGGUUCAAGUACGAGAUCGGCCUAGCUGUGUACCUGGGUUACGCCUCUGCCUUCCACAGUCUGACCGGAGGACUGGUGCUAUGCUGGAGCAGCAGUGGCAGCAGGUCACAGAGGCCCCUCCAUGUGCAGAGGAGUCAACCACUAUCACCUCCCCCUGCCUUCAACCACAUAUAUCCUCCUGCUCCACCCUACAAGCCCCACGAGGCCCUGAAGGACAAUCAUGCGCCCUCACUUUGCUCCCUUUCCAGCAGUGGCUACAGGCUCAAUAACUAUGUCUAAGACUUGGGGAAAUAAUAAUACAAUAACUGAAAAUCCAUGGGGACUUUUAUGAACAAAAAAGACUUCUCCAACUUAUUUUAAACAUCUUAACAAGUACUUUAGUUUCCCUUAUACGUAAUACAAGUUUUAAAAAAUGGAAAAGGAGAGACCAGCAUGUUGCUUCGCCAUGUUUGACCGCAAAUCUGAUUCUGAAAGGAUAUCGCAGUUUAACAAGCUGCUCAAGCUGUCGUCUAACUUUAACAUGACCAGGUCUGAGAGCCUAACAAAACUCUUGGUGUGUGUGAAAGAAGUGAGAAGUCAAACCUGCUGACCUACUGCUAUGUACCUGAAGGACCAGAAGAUGGCAAUAUUUUACUGCAGAUAACCACAAAAGCCACAUUAUAAACAUUCAGAUUGCACUUUGUAUGCUGUAACACACAUGUAAAUGGAUAAGCUAUUGCUCUGUCACUUGUGUUGUAGCCUACUUUCUAGUUAGAGCUGGACAAUAUAUUGAUAUUAUAUCUAUCAUGAUAUGAGACUAUAUCUUCUUAGAUUUUGGUUUUCGUAAUAUCUCAAGUGUUGUCUUUUCCUGAUUUUUAAGGCUGCAUUACAGUAAAGUGAUGUAAUUUUCUGAACUUACAGACUGUUAAAGCUGUUUUAUUAUUUGUCUUUACCCACUUAGUCAUCAUAUCCACAUUACUGAUGAUUAUUCAUCAAACAGAUCAUUGUGUAAAUGCUGUGAAUUCACCAAAAGUCAACCUUAUCAUUGCAAUGAUAGUCAACAAGCCGAUACAGCGCACACGAGAGGACUGCAUUGCCUCUUCUUUUAAUGUAUUUUUCAUUUGAAAUUAUGUUUCCUUCCUUUUUUUCCUGACAUUUGCUGGUGUUUCCUGCCAUCACCUCCAUGAAGUUGUAAGGACUGCAUGGGACAUGUGCUUUUGAAUGAGUUCACCUAUCACUGCAAUAUCAUUAUCAAGGUAUUUGUUCAAAAAUAUUGUGAUAUUUAAAUUUUUCCAUUUCACGUAGCCCUUAUUCUCUUUGCGAUUAACUUUUUUCUGAAAGCCAAUUUAGAUAUGAUGGUUCUUUUGAGGAAGCUGAUGAUAUUUUAUCCCGGUAUUUAAUAUUUUCAUGCCAAAGAACAUUAAAAAAAAAAGACAA